CUGUGAAAAACUUCAGUGUUCCGUCGAUGAUUCCGUGAAUAAUACCAUUUGUUUGUGCGCGCUGCGACUCGCCCUCGUGAAAGAACUCGUGCGAAAUGAAAUCUCAGCACAUGCGCUAGCAUAAACAGACAAUAGUUUCCUAAGUGCAAGCCUAGUGACUAUAACGAAAAACAAGAAAACCCUGUCCGCUCUAAAGAGAAUUUGAUUACAUCGCUGCUUUCGCUUAUCCACACAAUGUUGACAAUGGAGGAUGACAACAGCGAAACAUGGAUGUAUUCAAAAUAGAUUUGGAACAGUCGCAUAUCCAUUCGAGUCUCGUUGAAAGCCACAACAGCACGAAUAACAGUAGCCAAACACAUAAUCUAUAUACGCCCGGCGGCAUAGCCGGUGGCGCCGACAAUCGCGAACCGCAACACACCACCCACCAACAUCACCACAACCACAACCACAACCAUAACCUACACCAAAUCGAACAACGUCCACAGCAACAACAGCUGCAACACCAACAGCAGCAACAACUUUAUAAUAGCAUAAAUGCGAAUGGCGACGAUUGCGACGAUGAAGACGAUCCCUUGCCCGAAGUGAGUUUUGAUGCCAAUUCCGAUUUCAAUUUGCACUUCUUCGACACGCCCGACGAUUCGUCGACACAGGGCGCUUUCAGUGACGCUGGUUCGCUUGAAUCCGAUGCUUAUGCCACCAGUUCACCACCCACACCACCACCAACACAAAUACAUGCGCUAAACGGUGUAGAGACCCUAAGUGAGGAGUCCACCGCUGUGACAGCUUCAGCGGCAGCAGCAGCAACACAAUUACACAUCGCCGAUACGAUAAAUUCCCAUUGCAAUACAAAUGCGGAAGUUAGCGAAUCGCUGAAAUUGCUGACAGAUGAUUGCACGUCCUUUUAUCAUCAGCAACAAUCAACGGUCACACUAAAUGGCGGCACUCCAUCUUUAGGUAUACCGUCUAAUUGCGUCGCUUAUUUGGGCUCGACGAACAAUAACACUACAGCCGCUGCGCAAUCCAUCAACGGCGCUGGUAUCGCUUGUAAUACUGGCAAUUCAUCGUCAUCAGCCGCGUCCACACCCGCUUCGUCUGUGUCGUCUUCGUCCACAGCUUCGUCCACAUCGCCAAUAGCAGCGAGUAACGGCAGUGUAGCAGCCGCUACAGCCGCACAUAUCAUUGCGCUCGGCAAUGGUGGAGGUACAUUGUACUCCAACAGCGGUCUCCAUUCAUUCUGUCAAUCGCAUUCAUCGUCCUCAUCCGGCUGCUCUUCAAAUUCGUCGGCCGGCAGCAGUUGUAGCCACAGCGGCAACACCAACGGCAGUGGACACCACAUUGGACGUAGUAACGGAGCCACCGUAUCAUCGUUGGUUGCUGAGCAUUGUCUUGGGGAGCGCCAUCAUACAGCAGCAACAGCAACAGCAGCGUCAGCGUCAGCAACCAUCAACCCAGCGAACGCGUGCGUCGCAAUCACCAACUCUACAUUGGCUAAUGUAAAACACUCGCAUGAUCAGCAAUUUGCCAUAGCGGACUCCAAUUCCAACAGCGUUACGAAAUCAUUUGUGCCGUGCAAAGUUUGUGGCGACAAGGCGUCCGGCUACCAUUAUGGUGUAACCUCGUGCGAGGGUUGUAAGGGUUUCUUUCGUCGCAGCAUACAAAAACAAAUCGAAUAUCGUUGCCUGCGUGAUGGUAAAUGUCUGGUGAUACGUUUGAAUCGAAAUCGUUGCCAAUAUUGUCGCUUCAAGAAAUGCCUCUCGGCGGGCAUGAGUCGAGACUCUGUUCGUUAUGGUCGCGUACCGAAACGUUCACGUGAGCUGAAUGGCACACCUUCGUCCACGGAUGAUCCGAACGUCAUUGUGCGUGUGAAUACACCGAAUACACCGCAAACGCCACAAAUGUGUUCAGUCGCCUCGUCACCCUCCGAAUUGGGCUGUACGGGCCAAAGUAGCGUCGCCAACACAGCCAACACACCGGGACCGGGCGGUGUUGGUGGCAUGGGUGUGGGCGUCAAUAUGAGCGUCAGCGUAGGUGCCGGCGGUGCUGGCGGCAUGAUGGGACAGUGCGGCAAUGUUAGCGUCGGCGUCGGCGGUAUGAGUGUGGUCGGUAACGGUGGCAGUGUUGGUGGUGGUGGUGGCGGCGUCGGUGGUAAUGUUGGCAUUACCAGCGUCGACAAUAACGGUUGCGGUGUUGUCGAUAUGCAAGGCCCUACCGCCGAACUGACCGUUUACGAUGUGAUUAUGUGCGUCUCACAGGCGCAUCGCAUGCACUGCUCAUACACGGAGGAGCAGACACGCGAACUGAUGCGGCGACCGGUGGCGGUGCCGCAGAAUGGAGUAAGUACAUGCUAUAUUGCCACUUCAGUAUCGGAGACAAUGGAAUUUCAGAAAAUUUGGCUGUGGCAACAGUAUGCGGGGCGCGUCACGCCCGGCGUGCAACGUAUCGUUGAAUUCGCGAAGCGUGUACCGGGCUUUUGUGAUUUUACACAAGACGAUCAGCUGAUACUCAUCAAAUUGGGCUUCUUCGAGGUGUGGCUCAGCCAUGUGGCACGUAUGAUCAAUGAUGCAACGUUGACAUUCGACGAUGGCACUUAUCUGACACGACAACAACUGGAAAUUCUUUAUGAUAACGACUUCGUCAUCUCGCUAGUGAAUUUCGCCAACACCCUCAACAGUUACGGUUUAAGCGAUACCGAAAUCGGUCUCUUCUCCGCCAUGGUAUUGCUCGCCUCCGAUCGUUCCGGCCUCGCUGAACCGAAAAUGAUUUCACGAUCACGCGAACGCGUCGCCGAAGCACUGCGUGUACAACUCGUCCGCUCACGUGCCGGCUCCACACAAGCGCUACAACUGAUGCCAGCACUCGAGGCUAAAAUACCCGAAUUACGCUCGUUGGGCGCCAAGCAUUUCUCACAUUUAGACUGGUUACGAAUGAAUUGGACCAAACUGCGAUUACCGCCACUCUUCGCCGAGAUAUUCGAUAUACCCAAGACAGAGGAUGAUCUGUGAAGGACGAACGAAUAGACUGUGACGCAAGAUAAUCCAAAAGUAAAAAGAGAAAACAUACACGAAGCGUAAUAAGGAUAAACGUUAUGAAAGUGAAAUUGCCGCAAAAGACGAAAAUACAUAAAGAGCGAAGUGGAGGAGGGAAAGUGAAAAGAAAGCGACAGCAGAGUAUAAGCUUUUGUGUGUAGAGCCGCUGUGGAGCUAUGGGGGCGCGAUGGACCAAACACACAGUUUGCAAAAAGAGAUUUAUGUAUGUGAGAAUAAGAAGAGAAACAACAACAACAACAACAACAAAUAACAAUAUGAUUACUAUACGUUUUCUAAACCUAGCGUGAAUAGUUCUUAAGCAACAAAAAACACAUUUACAUAUUUAAUUUAUAUAUGAUGGAACAAAGUGGAAAUUAUUAUAUGGAAAAAGUAAUAAUAAUACAAAUUGUUUAUAUAAUUUUAAAAAUUAAUCGUAGAACGAUUAGCUUAUAGGUUUUUCUGCUACUUACUAAAAAAAACAUAAAAAUAAAAAAUUAAAAAAAAAAUGUUUUGUUGUUUUAUAAAAAAAUAUUUUAGCAGAAACUCUUUCAUAAUUUGUGUUUUAUGGAAAAUAGAUACCAGUUUUAGCUAUACAUACAUACAUUUAUAUACAUAAAUAAUUUUAGUAAAGUGAAAAAACAUUAUUUACAAGCUUACUUACAUACAUACAAACAAACAUCACGUGAUCAUGCCACAGACAAAUGUAACAUUGCAAUAUCAGCAAAAAAAGCAAGAAAAAUAAACAAAUAACCUUAAAUAUUUAAAAUUUAAAUGAAAAACUCUAAGCAUUUAAGGUCAAGAAAGCAUUAAAAAUAAUAAUGAAUAUUAGAAACUUAGCUACAUGUGUAGUAAUACGCAUAAAUUCAACACUGACAAAGCAUAACUAAAUGGUGGAAAGUUAGCCGUGAACAAAUAAAAUAAGUAUUCAUACAUAUAUGCGAAAACUCAUUCAAAAGAAAACACUAAAUUCAAAAAUCUAAAAAAAAAAAUAAGAAGAGCGCUAAAUAAAUUAAAAAAAAUUGUAUUUAUUUAACAAAAAAAUUAAACACGCUGAGAGAAAUGAAUUUAUCGAAUGUUAUGCAAUAUUUUUCAUUUAAACAUGUAUAGCUACAUAUACACACAUGUCUAUCAUGCCGGCAGUUUAUAUGAAUAAAUUCAAAAAUUGUACACUAGCUAACACGUAAUUUUAAAAUUUCUUAUUUGCUCUUCAACUUUUGUAAACAAAAGAGAAAAACAUUUUAAUUUUUAUGUAACAUGAAGAUAUUUUUUAUCAUUGAUACACUUGCCUAGCAGUUAAUUUUACUUAAAAUCGUCUCAUAUGGCCGUAAAUGAAAGAACAAAACAACAACUAUAAAUCUCAAUUGUUAAAACUGUUACACUUAAAGCAUACAUGCAUACACAUGUAAAUGGCAUAAAUAAAUUACAUACAUGCAUCUAUAAUAUAUAGCAUUAGCGAAUAUAUUAGCAAACUUAGCGCCCAUCUCAACUCUAACGAAAAAAAAAAAUUAAAA